UAAUUGCUUUAAAUGCUUUUUCCACCCUUUUUUUGCACUUUUUAAGGCUGUAAUUUGUCUUUUUUCUGAACCAUCUUGCCCAUAAACAUGGAGGACUCCAGCAUACGACAGCAGAAGUUGGACAAUCAGGUUAUGUUUUUUUCCUACAGCAUCUGUUACAUCAUAUCCAAAUAAUAUGCUAAUUAGCCAAUGUCAUCAUCUGGCGACUUCUAGCACCGCCAAUAGCUACUUUUCUAACUGAGGAGUUGGCAACAGUGGUAUUACAUGCAUGCUCGCAUGUCUUACAAAGCAUUUGAGCACAGCCCAUAAUGCUCAGUUGAAAUAUUCAAUGCUAAAAUGAGGUCUAAUUGUGCCUCAGCGAUCCAUUUUAAUGAAGAAGCAACGAAAGAAGCGUGCAGAUUGUCAAAUGGUGGUCGCCAACCGGGACACUCGCCAAAAGAACCGCAAGCAAAAAGGCCGCUCGGAUGAGACGCCGCUCUUGAUCAGCCAGUCCCUCAGCAACAUCUCGCUAAGUGAUCAAGUGGAGCACGCCCACGACAACCCGUUGGACAUCAUCACGCUGGGCGAGUGUGAUAUGAUGGAAACCGUGAUGUUGGAGGAGAUGCCUGAUGCUCCCAAAAAGAUCAUCUUGAGCUCUGAACAAGAGGAGAAGGAAACGGUGGACAAUGAUGCACAAGCGGAAGGGAAGGAGACGAAGAAAAGAGAGAAAACUAAACCUGUGGAGGAGAAUAAUGGACAGGAGACAAAAGACAAGGAGAAGAAAGACAAAAAAGCAAAAAGGAAGGACAAAGCAAAAGACCGCGAAGAGGGACAGAAGACAAACAAAACGACCAAACAAGAGCGCAAAAAGAAGUACUUGCAGGACACCUCAACGUCAGACUUGGGUUCAGAGAAGGAGAUGACGACCCCAAAGGAGAACCAACAUGAAGAAAGUGAGGAUGAGGAGCUGCCGCCCUGCAACUCUCCUCGGAAGAAAAAACAUCUGGACACGUCAAGGUGCCAAAUAAGCGAUGAAAUCAAAGACGAGGAGGUUCAGAUGGACAGUAAAGAAGGAAAGAAGAAGGAAGGAGAGAAAAACACACAGAGUUUAGCAUCCCUUAACUCCAACUACAAGGAGGGCUCAUCUUCAGGGAGUGAAUCCAACAACAGAACAUCUUCUCCAAUAUCGCUAGAGGACCUUGAGAAGUUCUCCUUGCGUCCCGCCCCCAGAGACAUGACCAUCCAGUGUCGGGUCACCAGGGACAGGAGAGGCAUGGAGAAGGGCAUGUACCCCACUUACUACCUCCACAUGGAGAAAGAUGAUGGAAAGAGGGUGUUUCUAAUGGCGGGCAGAAAACGGAAGAAGAGUAAAACAUCCAACUAUCUCAUUUCUACCGACCCGACAAAUCUGUCCCGAGACACCAGCUGCUACAUCGGAAAGCUAAGGUCCAAUGUCCUGGGGACAAAGUUCACCGUUUACGACUGUGGGGAAAACCCGGAGAAAAAGCCUUUCAUCAAAGAGUGUGAAUCCGUGCGACAGGAGCUGGCAGCCAUUUGUUACGAGACAAAUGUUCUGGGAUUUCGGGGUCCCAGGAAAAUGACAGUGAUCAUCCCUGGCAUGCUGGAAAAUGACGAAAGAGUGUCCAUUCAGCCCAAAACUGAACAUGACACACUGCUGGUGCGCCAUUCCAACAACAACACGGACAAACUGGUGACCCUGGUCAAUAAAUCCCCAAGCUGGAACGAGCAGACUCAGUCGUAUGUGCUCAACUUCCACGGCCGUGUCACUCAGGCCUCUGUUAAAAACUUCCAGAUCAUCCAUCCGGAAAAUGACGACUACAUUGUGAUGCAGUUUGGACGCGUUUCUGAGGACGUCUUCUCCAUGGAUUACAGCUUCCCCAUGUGCGCCCUUCAGGCCUUUGCCAUCACGCUCUCGUCUUUUGAUGGAAAACUGGCAUGCGAGUGACCUUCAAGUGCUGUGCUAGAUCCUGUAUCUGGACUACACACCCAUAGCUUUGUGGACUACACAAAUAAAGCAUGUAGAAAUUAGUCCCUGUUCUUUAUACUACAGGUCCAAUUUUAUAUGGUUUUAUAUUAUAUAUUGUUUGUGCAAUUUACACAACCUAUGAAACAAUAAAAUAAUGACAAUUAAUUUCAAACUCUUUGGAAGGGUACCAUCAGGAGCGAAUUUAGUCAUUUGGGGGCCCAAGGCAAACACUGUCAUUGGGGCCCUCCCUUGUACUGCAUUUUUUUUAACCUCUCAUUUCUUCUCUUGGUUGUUUCAUUUUGUGAAUAAGUGAUUAAGUUCAUUAUGAUAUUUUUGCAGAACUGCUGAAAAUGUGAAUUUCUCUUGGAGAUUAAUAAAGUAUCUCUCUAUCCAUCCAUCCAUCCCAACACACAUCUGCUGUGAAGCCAAUGGAUACAGUGUCAGUCAUUUGCUUCUCAACGUGGCUGCAAAAAACACUGCACGACUCGCGCAAGCAAACACCUGAGCAAUCCGGCAGCCGCACACCCUCCGCCAAGGAGUCCAGCACCACGUAUGCCCGCCAAGCCACCCCACCCACCACCACCAGCGGUGCUCCGACAACCCACCACGCAAAGCAUCGGCUCAAGCACGCACCGCGUGCGGACUGCCACAAGAAGACUCCCUGCCGCAAGCCCACAAACCACAAACUCCCAAACUACAUAGAAACAUGCCCUCAAAUACCGCUCAGAUUGAAGUUACAGAGAUGUCCGCCAUCUCCUGCUGUAAAGUAUUAACUACACCAGGCAUCAUGGCAGCAAAUUCAGCAAUUUUGCGACUGUGGCGCUUAAAAGGGCUAUAUCAGUUUUCAUUAUGAGGAAAAAAAACAAUACCAAUAUUGACCGAUAUUUCCUUUUUAUCCCAAUAUUGGGCCGAUAAGUUCGG